GGGACUUCCUCUUUCCGCUGCCACGUCUGUGCGCAGUUACUGCCCCCCCCCCCCCGACUGUAAAAGAAACCCCAAGGACGCCGGCGGAGGAGCGGAGUGAACUCGAAUUAAUGAAACGAUCUGCCAUGUUGCGUCGACACUUCGUCUGCCUCCUUGCCUUUCUAGCAGCUCUCCUUGUACUUGGGAGCACCACUGACUCAGUUAAAGAGACCCCUGCCGCGCCUGCCAGUGCGCCACCCCGCCCACCAUCACCCCUCAGUGACCCUAGCUGGGCCCUGGGUCUGCGUCUGUAUCAGGUUCUCCGCUCUACCAGGGCCGGCUCCCAGAACACCCUCUUCUCCCCCUUGCUGUUGGCCUCCUCCCUGGGGGCGUUGUCUGGAGGUUCUAGGGGUACCACCUCCAGCCAGCUCCUGGACCUACUCAAGACCCCCUCUCCUCCCAAGGCAGGGCCCCAGGCUGGAGAAAUUUUAUCCCAGGCUCUGAGGAGUCUUGCAGAGGCCAACGGCACAAGUUUCCGCCUGCAUAGUUCGUCAUCUCUCUUCUCCAAGCAGGCCCCAUCCAUUGAUCUGGCCUUUGUGAAGGAGAGCCAAGCCCGUUUUGGGCUGCAGCACCAGCCGCUGGGGAAGGGAGACUCUAAGGCUGACCUGGAGCAGCUCCAUGCCUGGGCCAAGGCUGGCUUGGGUGGGUUAGACGGUGCUCCUCUCGGGGCAGAGAUCAAGGCAAACGCUGGCGCCCUGUUAUUGGCGAAUGCCCUGAACUUUAAAGGGCUCUGGGAGAGAGAGUUUGGCGAGGACAGCAUGGAUCGCCGUACGUUCCUGGGCACCAAAUACACCAAGGUGCAGAUGAUGCACAAAGCAGGUUUGCACCGUCACUAUGAGGACAUGGAGAACAUGGUGCAGGUAUUGGAGAUCGGUUUGUCAGGAGGGAAGGUCAGCAUGGUCCUCCUGCUGCCCUUCCAUAUAGAAAGUCUGACCCGGCUGGACAAGCUGCUGACUGUGGAGAUACUCACCAGUUGGUUGGAGAAAACCACAGAUAUGAGCAUUGCCAUCUCUCUGCCCAAGGCUAACAUCACUAGCACUCUCAGUUUGCAGAAACAGCUUGCAGCACUGGGUCUGACUGAUGCGUGGGAUCAGAAGACGGCCGAUUUCUCCGGGGUGUCCUCCAAGAGCCGGGGGAAGCUCCAUCUGGGCAGCGUGCUCCACUGGGCCUCCCUGGAGCUAGCCGCCGAGGCCGGCGAAGGAGCAGCCAAGCUGGGAGAUGAGAUGCUGGGGAAGCCCAAGCUUUUCUACGCGGAUCACUCCUUCAUCGUCCUGGUGAGGGACAACGCCACUGGAGCCCUGCUGCUUAUAGGGGCCCUGGACCACGCAGAGGGAGAGGCCCUGCACGAUGAACUCUAAAACCCACGGGGGGACGACUAUUAACGGUCCCCUCUCUCUAUCCUUUUUCCUCUCUCACAGCCGACACUGAAUUUGCUCUCCUUCUUAUUCUCUCUGGCGCCGUCCAUCGCAGAGUACACAGUAUUUUGUGAGUAGAGACAUUGUCAUUCUCCGUGGCACGCCGUCAGACUACAGCCAGCUGUUACACAAUGACACCCCGUUGUACCAACAUUGACAUCGGUGUGCCUGACUAUAGCACGCACACGCAAGCACUUGCUGACACCUACAGGAAUGGAUCUCCGCUUCAAAACCUAAUUGUUGACAGAAAUAUCAAAAACUGCCAACUCGGAGAGACUUGGAAUUGAGGCAAGCACACAAAGCCUCUUUCUAGCCCUCUUGCUCCCUCUUUGUGUGUGUGUGUGUGUGUGUGUGUGUGUGUGUGUGUGUGUGUGUGUGUGUGUGUGUAUAACUCGCCACUAAAUGAACUGGCAAACUGCAGUGCACUGAAAAACACCAGCAUGCUGACAGGCAGCAGUGGCUGCAUGGACAACACCUGAACAGGAGAAACAACAAGGAACUUGAACCAACAGUGGUUCAUAGUGACAAGGCAGUUCUCCAUAUCAGACAAGUGGUGGAACAGGUGUGAGUGUAUGUACUUGUGUGUGUGUGUUAGAUGAUGGGCAGAUGAAGGGUGCCCGGGUAGCCCAUCUCCGGGUGGAUGAGCUGCCAGGGGCCUGUGUCUGGUCCCUUGGGCUGCGUCCGAGGGGAGACUGAUGGAUCAGCCGACUGCUUAUUGAUGGGCCGGCUUAAUGCUAAUGGAUGUAAUGACUCACAACGCUUGUCAACAACACGGAGAGGACAGGGAACCUUUUAAUCUCUUAAUACCUUCAGGGAUCAAUGAGGGCCCUGGCCUCCACCCUGAUACCGUUAGGCUGCCCAAACCCUGAGCGUGACUCAAACCGCUCAGCUUCAGUGUAAAGGCUCGUUUUAUGAUUAUUACCACAGUCAACAACGGUAUCGAGUCUCUGCAAUUUUUCAAAAUUUUUGUAUAACCUGCCAUGAUGGAGCGAUUAAUGAAUGAACAAGAAUUGUGGCUACAGGAGUGCAUGUCUGAUAUUUUUGAUAAGGGCUUUGGUGUCUUUUUUUACAACAUUUGAAUAUUGUAUUAAAAUGAACAUUUCCUAGAUCCUUAAGCUUCUUUCGUGAUCUGCGUCUGUAUAUCAGUAUCAUCACCUGAGCUUCAUACUGUACAAACCCGUCAAACGAUUGCUGUUAAGCUAUGGUGUUGCAUCAGUGGUCGCCGUAACUCAUUCUUUCUUGACAGCUCAGAUAUAGAUAGAUAUAUAGAUAUAGGCCUAGACAAGGAUUUAGGUCUGUUUUUUACUUUCCCUGAGAUGGAAUGGUUGGCGUUGAGCCUCAGGGAUGAAUGGAAGUAGAUUUAGAGCUCCAAACUAGCAUCAGUUAUUGCACUUUGAGUGGUAACAAAUGGCAGACUCAGAGGGCCUACAACAUUCCACAGCCAAGCAUGGUCCCAAACUUUCAGAACAAACUUCACAAAGGCUACGAAACAAGAGAGGAAAAUCUGUCCGUUUCUUUUCCAGAAAUGAAUUAUUGAGAAAUGAAAAAGAAUGGGGGAAAAAAGUCGCUCCUUGCCAUUAAUCUUAAAGAAGAAUAAGUGUCUCUGCAUCUGCGAUGUUUUAUUAAAACGCCAGAC